GUUAUCUAAGCGCCCAGCCCCGGUAGUCUCAUAAGAGAGCCCCUCCUUGGCUGCCGUCUGUGAUUAAUUCUUUCUUCUCUUUUUGAUCUUGUCUCGUCCAAAAGACCCCUCGAUUCACGCUCAUUUCCUGUCUAGACGGAGCGUUCCACGGUUUGAAAACAGACGACGUCAUCGCCUUAUCUACGGUUAUCAGCACCGGUUUGAAUCGCGCGCAACUCAAUUUCCUUGUUUAGUAUUCAUCUACUUCCCACGAUAUGUCAGGCGCAACGCACGAUCCUAGACUGCUCUACAGCGUCAAGAAUAUCCGCGCAUUUCACAUCCAGGAUGGCGAGGAGCAGGAGUUGACGCCGUCGGGCCCUCAAACCCUCUCCCUCUUGAUGGUCCCUACUGCUGCAUCAGCGCCAACCCCUCCAUAUGCCGCCGGUGCGGGCACGCAGACUCCAGAGGAAGACUUCUACCUGCACCUCUACCUUCCUCCCGAGCUGGAUCUCGCAUUACCUGCUACCACCCAGAUCUUCCACCAACCGCCUGAUAGUUACUUGAUCCCCCGAUGGGAUCUGGCUCCCGAUGCAGGCGCCUUUAUCCGCAUCCAGUUCCCCAGCAUUGGUAGCGGUCCGAACAAUGUCACACAAGACGACAUCGAUACCUUCGAGACGAUCCUCGCACAAUGCACUGCAUUUCUUGACCGCGCUCCCGCGGCGAGCGACAAGUCGGAUGGCCUCGCUGCGUACAACCCGGCUGAUUAUGCACCUGGCGAGGGGUACAUUGGGUCUGGAGAAGACAAGGGGGGCAAAUUGCAUGGCAAGAUUGUGCUGGUAGACGAGGAGGAUGGAAGUGUGGUCGGCGAGUUGGGCGAUGGGUACAACGUUGUGGAGGACCCGGAUGUGAAACCCGGAUCUAAACGCCCUGUUGGAAUUGAACUUCCAGCCGAAGGCGAAGGUAACAAGGUCAGCGUGACCAAUGUCUCCGAAGAGUACCUGGAAAUGUCGCGGCAUCCAGCAUAUCAGAAUUCAACCAUUGUCCAGACCUCGGCCACUGCAUCUCGACUGAUCGUCACCACCUCCUCAUACAUCUCCAACGCCAUUACCAGCGGCGCGGAGAACUUCAUGAAGAAGACCAAGCCCAACACUAAGCCCGUGACAUUCUCCGAUGCCACCCAUGCCCGCAUUCGCAAGGUCGGCACUUUCUCCGACGGCGCCGCGAACCUAUCCUCGCGCACGAUUGGCCAAGUGGAGCGAGUAGCCCAGAACAUUGGCGCUUCGUUAGCACGCAAGGAUGCCAAGCCUCGCCCUCACGCCAACCGACACCAACCACCGCCAGACUACAAGCCGGGCGUACUGAACAAGUCGAUGAUCGCAUUCUCGACGCUGGCAGACGGUAUCACAGAAAGUGCGCGCACCAUGCUGAUGACUGGUUCGGCAGCCGCCAGCACGAUGAUCCAACACCGCUACGGCGACGAGGCCGGCUCCGUCGCGAACAAUCUGACUGGCGGCAUCAAGAACGUCGGUCUUGUGUAUAUCGACGCCACGGGCGUUUCCCGUCGUGCUCUACUCAAGUCCGUGGCCAAGGGCAUGGUCGUGGGCCGUAUGCGCGAUGGAAAACAGGUGGUCGUUGGCGCCGGUGAUGGCGGCCAGUUACCCCAAGGCGCUCAUGGCAAUGCCGAGGCAGGGCCCUCUGGUUCUGGGCUAGGAGCCCGGGAUCCAGUUGUGCGCCGUGCAUCGCCGAGCCCCACGCCGCCGCCAGCGUAUGGCGCGUCGGGGACAGUGUCGCUGGGCGGCACACCCAGGUCAGGGCCAGGGGGGAAGCGGUAAAAGGGGAAAGGUAUUUCAUUUCACAUGAUAGGCGGGGAAAGUGAUGGAUUUGAUUUGAUAUAUUACGGACAUAUCGGGCGGGGUUUCCAAUUCAUUUAGUUUCUCUAUCGUAUUUACCUCGUUUUAUGUAUUUUUUUUGGUUCGUCGUCUGGCACGGAAAGAUCAGGGAUAAUUGGUCGUCUUUGCAAACAGCGAUAUUGAAUCAUCACCCAAUUUUGGGAUGGGUCUGCAAAAUCCCUCUGGUCCCCCAGUCCCUGAUUGUGUUGGCGCCGGGGCUAGGGACCUGGGGUUUCCUAGGGGCCUAUGCGAGUAUGCGUAUCUGUAGUAGUGUAGAUAGGAUGAUCGCCACAUAAAUGCCAAACAGAGUUUCACGCCACACUUCCACAUUUUAUGCAUCAACUUUCCUUGCAGCCUUUGCUUUUCGGGCUUUUUCAAGAGACGAGUCAUUGUCCCAGACAGAAUCUAAGUUUCGGCCGGGUGGGACAGUCGGUAAUAUUUCUCCCAACUGAAAAAGGAUGACUAUCGAAACAGGCCUUCCAGCCGCGUUGUCGGCGUGGCGAGUACAAGUACGCUUCAUGCACUCUCACCUUAUCGUCUCGAAACGAGUAGAUAGGAAUACAUAGGAUAAGG